CAUUGAAUAUUUGAGUAUGUGAGAGGACAAAAUAUUCUGCUUUAAUAAACAAAAUGAGGUACAAAGCUAACAGCACCUCCCACACUGACACUGAGAACCAAGCUCAGAGUUGGACUCCUUUCCUUAGACACACAGCAAAUGAGAGAAAACUACUUCUCUUGACCAUUUGGUUUAAGCUUGCAGAGUUUUUUCUUGAAGCUGAGAGGCUUUUCUCGGACUUGACAUUAGAAGAAAAGAAGCUGAGAGAGAAUGCGGGGUGACAAGGAGGCAGGGGCAGUAAAUGUUCUGGUGUCUCUGACACUGAUCUGCACUUUCGUUUAUGUUUACUCUGAUAUUGAUGUUCUAAAUGAGAAACUCCAUAAGAUUCUAUGUUGGUGUGCGGUUGCUCUUGCAAGUGUGCUUCUGAAGGAUGUUCUCCAGUCACGGAUGGAUGUUUUUCGUGAUUUAAGCAGUGAAUUAUGUCAUAGAUUUAAUUCUGGCAUCAAAGGAUUAUUGGUUCCUCCAAAGCGGAAACGUGAUUUGGUAAAAAGAAUCAAUGAUGGGGUGUAUCAAGUCAAUGUAGAGAACAUAGGCCAUGUCAUAUAUAAUGCUGCACCCAGAGGUGAUGCAUUAAGUAGAGAAUCGUACAAUUUGGCAGUUGCAUGCUCUAAUGAGUUUGUUUUGAAGAAUAUUUGUUGCUUCAAUCAGAACUGUAACCAAGUUUGCUAUGUAAUGGAGCACUAUGAACACAAUUUCAAACAAUGGUUACAAGAGAAUGCACUCUCUGAUCAACAAGGCAAAAAUCUGAAUCCAGAAUUUCUUCAAAUUCUUAGGGAUGUUUUAAGGGGCAUUGGUUAUCUUCAUCAUGUAAAAAAGAGAUGUCAUGGCAAUUUAAGUGAGACAAAUAUUGUGAUCGUGAAUGGUCGGGCGAAGGUUAUGGGAAUGGUAAAUGAUAUUUCUAAGACUAGUCUAGAUGAUUAUUCAGAUUAUUUGCACUUGGCCACCAUUAUUAGAAGAUCCUUUGGAACCAAGCAACAUGUCAUUCCAACAGAACUUGAGUUGUUUGUUACCUACAUUUCAACAGAAAAGCCCAGCCGGUUGCUCAAUAUCGAAAAUCAUCCAAUUUUUCUAUCCCCUUUACAAAGAUUGAGCUACAGGGUGAUUGCUCAUACAAUCUUGUAUUUUGGGAAGUCAAAAAAGUCCUUUGUGUUGGCGCUAAAUAAAAAGCUUGGUAAAUGUAAAUGGAAGCACAAUGUCAAGACAUUUCAUAUGGUGCUUAAUCGUUAUAAGACCCUGCGAAAUUUGUCUAGCAAACAAAGGAAAAAUUUUCAAUAUAAGCAGUCUGCCAUAUCUUAUAUGAGGUUUUGCAGAAAUGUUGUGGUGCACCUUAAGGACAAUAAUUUUAAUCGAGAUCCAGGGAGUAAGAAAUUGACUGCAAAGGAAGUCGAGGAAGAGCUUAAUGGAUACUGGCCUCAGUUCAUGCCCAUUUUACAUGAAAUCCUUCUUGACCAUGGCCAUCUUAUGGGUUCUCAAGUGAAAUCAUUGGGCUGUUUCUCACAAAUGGAUAUGAGAGAUAGUAGUAAAUUUGCAAGUGAUCAAUGUGUUACUCUUCAAGGGUACGGAAGAGCUGAUUUUUCUGCUGGCUUGUUAAGGGACUGUGUACAGAAACAACUUUUGAACUUGUAUAUACAUAUAGACGUGCUAUGCAAGGGUUUUUCUUUUGGAUAUAGAAGACUGUGUGUAUAAAUGAACUUCCAACAA